AUGCAGUGUUUAUUUUUGCUAGAUGCGUUUUUAAACGUAUUUAUUUCCGCUGCAGCUUCCCAACUAAAGCCCGAGAAGGUUGAUUUCCACAUUGAAGAAAACCGUGCAGGUCACCACACUGAUGAAUAUGCUAUGGAAAGUCUUAUUAUAAGGAGAGGACAAGAGUUCAAAGUUACUCUAGCAUUUGACCGUCCCUUUGAGGUUAGAAAAGACCAACUGACCUUGCAACUUACUUUUGGGUCUCGACCUCAAAAAAGUAAGAACUCUUUGAUUCGUGUCAAAGAAGACAAAGAACUUUCUACGUCAUCCUGGGGCAUGCGCGUUGAUGGUACAGAUGGCAACAAAGUUAACCUGACAUUGAUGUCUCCUGCUAAUGCCUUUGUUGGGGAGUACUCCGUCUACGUUGAAACCAAAACCAAGAAAACUGGAAGCGAAGAAUGUCUCAGUUUUAGGAAGAAACUUAACGAAACGUUUUUUGUUUUGUUUAACGCAUGGUGCAAAGAUGACACUGUAUACAUGGACAAGGAAGAUGAGCGCCAGGAAUAUGUGUUAAACGACCGCGGGAGGAUCUGGGUUGGAAGUAAAAGAUCUUUUGAGGGUAUUCCGUGGUACUUUGGGCAGUUUGAAGGGGUGUUCCGAUGCGGCCCGUGUCCAGUAAAGGCAAUCAAGGAGGGCGAGGUCUACAUUCCAUAUGAUGGUGGCUUUAUAUUUGGAGAGGUGAACGGUGAUCGUGUGUACUGGGAUGUAUUCGAUGAUGGAGAGAUGGAAGUCUGCWACAUAGAUAAAAAUUCUAUUGGUGCAUUUAUAAGUACCAAGGCUGUUGGUAGCAAUGAUCGCCUGGACUUGACUAUGGACUACAAAUACCCUGAAGAAAGUGCAAAAGAAAGAAAAGCCGUGAUGCAAGCAAACAAGUUCAGUUCCAGAAGAGAUGAAAAYAUCUAYAAMAAAMCAUCAUCAMAGGAUGUCACUUUUGAAAUUAUAAUUGAUGAUGAAAACUUGAAGUUGGGUGAAGAUGUGGACAUCAAGAUGCUCAUCAAGAACAAUUCCACUAAAGUAAAGACCAUUAAGGCCUCUAUUGUUACCAAAGUUGCGUUUUACACUGGUGUUGUUGCCAAGGACCUUGAGACACUGCGCGAAGAAGUGAAACUGAACGGCAAAGAAGAACGCACUCUAACAGUAACCAUAACAGCAGAAGAGUAUUUUAGGAAAGCAGCAGCUGAUGCUUGUAUUAAAGCGUUUUUCAAAGCCAAAGUGAAGGAAACAGAGCAAGUCUUCAAUGGUAUGGAUACCGUGGAGUUUAAAAAGCCACAACUCUUGUAUACGGCUCCUAAAAGGAUCAUCAGAGGCGAGAGUUUUGAAGUUAAAUUCUACUUCAAGAAUCCACUUCCCGUUAAACUGACAAACUGUGUCUUCAACAUGGAAAGUUCUCGCCACCUGAGUCCAGAUGCAAUCACAAAAAUCCUCAAGCAUUCUGUGAAGCCAAACGAAGAAGCUGCUGUCAAGGUAACUUUGGAAGCAUCWCGAAGAGGACGAAGGUCUGUGGAUGUCAGUUUCAAGUCUGAUCAGUUGUGUGGAGUGCGUGGCGAGAUUGACUUCGAGGUGGCAAAUUCUAAGUAAUGUCAAAAUUCUUUUAUAUGCUAGGAGUAGCAAGUACCACGACCAAAAGAUACCAAAUUUAUGGAAAAUUCACAAAAUAAUUAGAUUUUCAUCAUUGAACUCCCUUGUAUUAUAUAGCUACUUUUUUACGAAUCAAAGUUUGUUGUUUCUUCAUGUAGUUUAAUAUAUAUUUAUUUUGAAUUGCCUCGGSGUAGGUACCUCUUUUUAGCAGAAUAUCAAUGCAAUUUUAACACUGACUUGUUCUGAAUUUUAAAAGUUAAUAGAUAGUAAUAUAAAAUUUAUUUUAGCAAAUAAAGUUUUACUUUGAAUUCA